GCACAAUGAUUGGUUCCGCCAUGACCGGAACAAGUGUUAGUGAGAUACUCACUCUCACUGCCUCAGCUACAACUUCAUUGGGAGGUGCUGCGACGCUGAAAGCAAGAAGAGGUUGCAAGAUAAAUAGAUUGAACGGCUCUGCGCCUGUGUUGCCUAUUGAAGACUCUUCUUACUUGCCUCCUGAGUUCGACAAGAACACAUCCAUACUUGCUAAAGGAACCGAUCUCUUCGUUGAAACACCAGAUGGGGAUUUCAAGGCUAGGACAGUGUCUAUGGUCUUAAACAAAGACGGACAGGUGAUUCUUAAAAUGAAGAAGCAUAACCUACUCAGGACUAAGAAACUAAGUAUUGUGACGAAUGUUCAUGUGGAACUUUACAAGGAUUCGGAUAGCGAAGACAACAACAUAGAGGACACUUGUUAUCUCAUUGUCCUGAGGACGAACCGAGGAGCUAUCAAACUAGACAUGGCGGAUGAUUACAGUCGUUACAAGACAUGGGUCACAACGAUCCAACACAUGCUCACUCUCUCUUCUUCCUCUUUACGUACAAAUUACGAUCUCACUUUCUACAACAAAAACUGA